AUGUGCGGGAAUAGCUUCGAAUUGGAAGUUCUUUCGAAAAUCAAUUUUCAGGCUUAUUAUAUUGGAAUAAAAGAUAGAAUUCAAACGAAUCGAGCUUAUUCACCUGUAACACCCGAACCAGACGUACUGACAACGACUCAGUUUCAAGUAAUAUGUCAUGAAGCUUGCGAGUUUCAUUUGGUGGAAUCAAUACCGGUCAAUUUGACUUAUAAUGCGAGCACAAAGUUCAUGACAACCACUGAUGCUUGGUUGCAAUUGAUUGCAAACGCAACAAGGGAAAUUCGAAUCGCUUCAUAUUAUUGGUCUCUGCUACCCAACGAUACACAGGGUUAUGCCGAUAGCACAGCUGAAGACGGCGUUAAGGUGUACGAAGCGCUUGUUGAUGCAGGAAAACGCGGAAUUGUCAUGCAGAUCACACAGAAUGCACAACCUAACCCUGAAACAACGUAUCUCCAAAAUAACGGAUGGGCACAUGUUCGCUCACUAAAUUUCACUCGUUUACUUGGAUCAGGUCAAUGA